CGGCAACUCUAUGGUGGGGAUUUCUAGGCGAGGCCUCCGCUGGGACUCUAUGGUCGCAGCCCGCCCACCCCGAGCGUCCCGCGCGGGCCCGCCGUGUUUACGAUGCCGCCGGCGCCGGUUUCCUGAGGCGGAGACGGGCGCGGCGGCGGCGGCUCUCCCCACGCGCGGCCACCGGCGGGGCCUGGCGGGCCUCUGAGCUGAUUAUGGAAGAGGUGCACAAGAGCAGCAGUAACAGUUCAGUGACGCCUUCACAAACAUCAGCUGUACAAGGUACAACACUACAGGCAGCUCAGCUCUCUCAUAUUGCUCAACAGAUGUCUCUAAGAGGUCCUGCUCCCCUGACAGUGGUUCAGCUUCCUGGAGAACAAGUCCAGGUCCAGGGAGUCAUUCAGACAGCUCAGUCCUCUUCCGUAAUCCACUCACCCCAGGUGCAAACAGUGCAGGUAUCUUCUCUGUCUGAGAGUGAAGAUUCUCAGGAUUCAUCAGAUAGCAUAGGCUCCUCGCAGAAAGCUCGAGGCAUCUUAGCUCGUCGUCCGUCUUACCGAAAAAUUUUGAAAGAUCUUUCUUCUGAAGAUACGCGCGAUAGGAAAGGAGAUGAGGAGAGUCCUGGUGUCUCCACUGUUACCUCUAUGUCUGUUCCCACGCCGAUCUACCAGACGAGCACUGGCCAGUACAUUGCCAUUGCUGCAAACGGAUUACAGCUGGCCAGCCCGGGUACAGACGGCGUGCAGGGUCUGCAGACGCUAACGAUGACGAACGCAGGCGGUGCUCAGCCCGGGACGACAAUCCUGCAGUACGCGCAAACGUCAGAUGGUCAACAGAUCCUUGUUCCCAGCAACCAGGUGGUCGUGCAGACUGCAUCGGGGGACAUGCAGACUUACCAGAUCCGCAGCACGCCGACGACCACGUCCCUUCCGCAGACCGUGGUGAUGACGUCGCCUGUCACUCUGACAUCACAGACAAGUAAGACAGAUGAUCCGCAGUUGAAACGAGAAAUAAGGCUGAUGAAGAACAGAGAAGCUGCUCGAGAAUGCCGCCGGAAGAAGAAAGAGUAUGUUAAAUGCCUGGAAAAUCGAGUCGCAGUCCUGGAAAAUCAGAACAAAACUCUAAUUGAAGAGCUAAAAACUUUGAAAGAUCUUUACUGUCAUAAAAGUGUGUAAGAAAAGAAGGUAAAACUUUUGUGGACUGUUUAAAUUUCAGAGGAGAAUUUUUUUUUUUAUACUGAAUUUUUUAAACUAGAUGAAAGGUCAAAAAGGAAACUUUUCUACCUAGAUUUCACAACUUAAAGACUAUAUAGAUUUUAUUUACAACAUGUUGGUGACAAAGUACAAAAAGGAAACAAGAAAACCUCACCAAAAUUCCUGCUGGCACAACUGGAAAUUAAUGAAGUCAAGAUUGCGUCUACAGUAAGAGGACAGUCACGUUUUACGAGGCAGGUGAUUAGAGUUUCUUUGAAAAUUUCUACAAAUACCUCUUGCAAUGGAGGCAAUAUCUGGUCACAGUUAAGAUGUGGAUGAAACGGAAUCCUUGCCAUAGUUGACAUUAUUAGUAACAUUUAUAACCAGUAUAUGUUUUGAUUUCUUACUCUUUUUCAAUCCUUCCUUUUUCUUUCAGUUACUUGUAUGUAAAUAUUUUUAUUUUAACCUGUAAGUUGUUAUUUACAGGUGCAGGUGAUAAAAAAUGCUAAUACUCUGCUAGAGGUAUAAAUUAUGUUUACUCUUUCUCGGCUGUCGGCUUAAAAAGUUGGGGGUUGUUUUGUUUUUUUUUUCCAAUGUUUGCUGUAUUUCUCAAAUUUGGAAAGGAUCUGCAGGGAGCAGCGAGAGGCCUAGUCCUGAAAACCUCUGAGGCACAUGAAAUAAGGUGUUGACUUCUCUUAGGAGAGUUCAGCACAUCCGAUCGCUUUGCAGCACGGCGUGGCAGGACGAGUGCUGGUGAACGAAAGCUUCUGAAGAAGGAUUUCACAGCAGUUUGUUCUUAGUUGCUGGGCAUGAUAAACAUCUCUAAUUGAAAAUAAAUCGCGUGCUGAUUAUCCGUACAAUUGAACAUGCAUUGCUUGUUCCGUCUGGAGAUUCUACUGUGCUUUGGAACAUUUAAGCCAAAUAGGAGAACGAUAAAAAAUCGAAGAUAUAUACCAAAGGGUUCAUGAGGAUCUAAUAGACGGUUUAUACGCUGAAAGUAGUGUGACAUUUCCGGACUAAUUUUGUAAGGUAGGCGAUAUUUUGCAAAGUAACGGUAUCUUUGUAAGAAAAUAUUCUAUUGAAAACAGGUAGAUGGUUGGUAUAUUUUGUAGCUAAAUUGUGAUCUUUACAAAUUCUGAAAUUGAGUUUAUAUACGUAUUUUGACAGUUUAUAUAUUUCAUUUUAGUAAACAAAUGAAAUAUUUUGUGAACCAGAUUUUCGAGCAUAUAUUUUUAUGGAUAGUACGAAGUCAAAUGAGAUCGUCUUUGGUGUAGGAGAUAUUUGAAUUAAUUUUGUAUGUCUGUAGACAACUUGCAAAAAAACAAAACAAAACA